GAAGCGUUGGGAUCAACAUAAGAAGGAAGGAGCUGGGCACAAGGCGGCGGCAGUGCAUCUUCAGUGUUUAUCGGAGGACGGCAGUCGUUGCUCGCUACUGUCUCCACUUGUGAAGCCCUGCUACCGCCGCUGUGGCACAUCUCUCUUGUAGAACAAACCAGAAGAAAAGCAGCACAGUUUCCGGGACAUUUCCAAGCUAGGAACUCCGUAUAAAAGUGAAUCCAGUGUGGGAGAUAACGAGGAGGACAAACUACAAACGGGAGCAAGACCAGAGAAAGACAGGAUGAAUCUCAAGAAUCAUGUCAUUUUCACCCUCUACACUAUUUACGGCAUUCUUCUUAAAGCUCGUCUUGUUGAGGAUCAUGGCUGAGCUGGAGUCUAUCCCAUGUUGGACUGCACCCAGGAAUGGUUGCCAGUCAACACCUAAAGUAGUGUUGUAAAGUAGUUUUGGAAGUUGCAGUUAAAGAUCUGUGAAUGUACAUGAAGUAAAGAAGCUGGGUAGAAGACCAUACUACAGGUGUCAGCGGUCAGUACCCUCUGGUUCAGAAUGUCACCGUGACAGAGGGCGGGAUGGCCAACAUGACUUGCCGGGUGGAGUACAACGACAACACCUCCCUCCAGUGGUCUAACCCGGCACAGCAGACCCUCUUCUUUGGCGACAAGAAAGCUUUGAGGGACAACAGGAUCGAGCUGGUUCGCGCGUCAUUUUCCGAGUUGACCAUCAGCAUCAGCGACGUCACACUGUCUGACGAGGGCAUGUACACCUGUUCUCUUUUCACCAUGCCCGUCAGAACGGCCAAAGCUUACCUGACAGUUCUCGGUGUGCCGGAGAAGCCUGAGAUUGACGGCUUUAGCAAGCCCGCCAUGGAGGGAGACCACAUCACUCUGACCUGCAUGACUCAUGGCAGCAAGCCUGCCGCCGACCUGCGCUGGUUCAGGAAUGAAAAGGAGGUCAAAGGCGCCAAGGAGGUGAACGCCAGCGGGAAGACUUUCACAGUGCGGAGCUCACUGCAGCUGCGCGUGGACAGGAACGACGACGGCGUGCCGUACACUUGCAGAGUAGACCACGAGGCGCUGGAGCAGGCGCCGCAGCAAGCCACUGAAGUGCUGGAGGUCCACUACGCUCCUCAAGUGAAGAUAGUCCCCUCUCUUGGGGUCCCCCAGGAGGGUCAAUACUUAAAGCUGGAGUGUAUGUCCCGAGGAAACCCAUCCCCGGAUCCGGUGAUGUGGACAAAAGACGGCGUGGAACUUUCCGACCUGGGCAGGGUGAUCGUAGAGGGACGUGAGCUGACCUUUACGUUGCUGAACAAGACGGACAACGGCACCUAUCGCUGUGAAGCCAGCAACCACCUCGGGAGCAGCAGCGCUGAAUACGUACUCUACGUGUAUGAAGCCCCCACCACUUUGCCUCCAUCCACCACACCCCACUUUCAUCCCAUCCCCCCAGACUCCACUGCUCUAGUCGGCACCCAUGCGUCAGACCCCACAGUAACCGGAAACAGAGAUCCCAACGCUUUGGGCCAUCACGGCACGGACCAUGCCUUAAUCGGUGGAGUGGUGGCAGUGGUGGUCUUCGUCACCUUGUGUUUAAUCAUUGUUCUGGGAAGAUACCUGGCCAGGCAUAAAGGAACGUAUUUGACAAACGAGGCCAAAGGAGCGGACGACGCACCCGACGCCGACACGGCCAUCAUCAACGCUGAGGGCAACCACGCGCAUGCCGAGGAAAAGAAGGAGUACUUCAUCUAGACUGUAGAGGGCGCCACCCUUGCCGUCUCUGUCCUCUGUGUCUUUCUUCUUCAACCUGCGACGAGGCGGCACACAGACAGAGAGGAUCAUCCCACAGUGUUUGCCCUCCUGGUUUGGCAUCUGUGUCACACUUCCUUGUUUUUGUUUUGUUUUGGGAGCCCGUUUUUUUGCAGGCAUCGCUGCUGAAGUUGACAUUAUUUCUGCCCUCUGUAAAUCUACCAUGACUGCUCACACCUUUUAAGGUUCCAACCAGACACCCGAAUACACCGCCACCACCACCCAUCCCACCCCCUUUGGCUCACACACGCCCACACAAACACAUAUCUCACAUCAACACGGUGCCUAAAAAUACAGACGCCAUUGAACUUGUCAAUGCCUUCAUGUAUCAGUCAGUAGCAAUGUAAAUGCUUUUGUAGAUGGUCACCCUGGACGGACCAUCAGUUCACUGCUUAGCUCACAGCAUUGUGUCUUUUUUCUUAUUUGAAUGAUGAUCUGUGCUAUUUACGCCUUAUACAUAUCUACCACACUGAAUAAUGGUACUUCUUAGACCAUCCACUUCCCCUCCUUCUUGAAAUAGACUUGUAAUUAAACCGUGGAGGUAUGUAAGAUAAGACGAAGGCUUUGUGUGACGCUCGUGUAGCAAGCUUGGUCAGAUAUGAGGUAUGUCAGAAAAGUUCCAGGACUGUUGAUGCUGAUCGUAUUCUCCGAUGUGAGGGGUGAGUUCUCGCCACAGGGCCGGACGAUCAACCAGCACGUCUACAAGGAGACCCUGGGGCGUUUGCUCGGUUCAGUGCGCGAGAAGAGGUGAGACUUGUGGCAGGAGAACGCGCCUGCUCACAAUGCCCUGAGCAUCCCGACAGUUCCUGGCCGAGAAGAGCAUCGUCCUGCUGGAGCAACCCACCUCCCUGCUUACCCAAGCUGGCUCCGUGUGAUUUUGACGUCUUUGUGGGUCAUGCGUUAGACUUCAGGGCAUUACAGUACUUUGAAGGGGAAAACUUACAGUAUGUAAUUUGGAUUGGAAAUGCAUCUUCUGUGGCACCAUUCCUGAAACUUUCCUGACACACCUCGUAAGUGUAUAGAUAGCAGGGUGGAGGUGUAGCGUGCUACUGUUUUAUAGCUGAGAAUACACACCAAAAAUAUAUCAAAUGAUGCUAGAUGAGACGUUUCAUCCGAGGAGAAGAAUAGAAAAGCAUUUUCUAAAUCUGCUAUACCAAUCUACUUUUUAUGUGUAUAUUAUUCCUGCACUGGCCCGUCGCAGCGUUCCUCUUACAGCAGUUUGUUUUCCAUACGAUGGCUUCAGGUCCAGUAGAUGUAUAAACUGUAUUAAAGUUAGUACAUUCAUUUAUGUCACAAUGGAAAAACAAAUCCCCUGAAAUGUUAAAUUAGGGACUACAUGUUGAAAAGAGUGCAUUAGUCAUAUGUACAGGGAUUUUGUGAUAAAUGCAUUUUCUUUCUGUAAAUUGUUUUGAUGUAUGCUUCAAAAGGCAGGUGUAUAGUUUGUAUUGGCCCAUAUGACCCAAUCAUGCUCACAUUCAAUAGAACAGGUGUAGAGAGAGUGAGCACUUGUGCGCUCACAUGUGACUAUUUUACAUUCACAUCAGGGAGUCCAUACAGGUCGCUACACCUGUACUCCAAGUAAUUUGUCGGUAUUUAUACUGUAGAGGUCACUGUACCUUUAUGAAGUCUGUAAAGUUGAUACUGGGGCAGUGACCUGUGUGAACACAUGCAUAUUUUGGUAGAGUUCAUGUAGCUGCUGCACCUGUAACCGUAUGCAUAUUGGUCACUGUACCUACACAAAUGUGCAUGGAGCUAUUAAUGUGCUAUUACAUGUGGUGGAUUGCAUACAGCUUCAAUGGACUGUAUGAACUCUAUGCACAUUUGGUGUUUAUAUAGGUGACUGCUUUAUGGAUGAACUCCAAGCACAUGUAGUGGAGUUCAUACAGGUCACUGCGCUCUCGAUGAACUCCAUGCACAUUUGCUGGAGUUCAUACGGAUGUAGUGACCUAUAUGAACCCGGAGUUCAUACAGGUCUCAUGCGCAUUUGGUGAAAGUCUUGUUCACCAGGUGUAUGAACUCCACAUACAUCUGGUGGAGUCCUUACAGCUCACGACACCCGUGGAUACUCCAUGCACCUGGUGGAGUUCAUAUGAAUGCAAUAACUUAUGUGACCUUUCUGCCUUCGGUGAAAGUCAUACGUGUCACUAGGUGUAUGAGCUCCAUGCAUGUGUGGUGGAGUCCAUAAGGUUGCAGUGAAAUCACUGUGCAUUUGGUGGCGUUCAUACAGGUGACAUCCACAUGUGGGGAAACUCUUACAUGUUAGCUUAUGUAUGACCUCUAUCCGCCUGUAUGAGCUCCAUACACAUGUGGUGGAGUCCAUGAGGAUGCACUGAACUCAAUGUGGAUUUGGUGGAGUUUAUACAGGUAUCGUCCAUGUGUGGUGAAACUUUGGAGGUGUAUGAACUCCAUCCACUUGUAUGAGCUCCAUGCACAUGUUGUGGAGUUCAUCAGGGUGCUGUGAACUCAAUGUGCAUUUGGUGGAGUUCAUACAGGUGACAUCAACAUUUGGUGAAACUUACAGGUCAGGAUGUGUAUGAACUCCAUCCACUUGUAUGACCUCCAUGCACAUGUGGUGGUGUUCGUACAGGUACUGUGACUGGUACGAACGUGACGCUCGAUGGCUGGAGUUCAUGCAGGUGCAGCGGCACAGAUGUUAAAUAUUCACAUUUGAACAUAGCAAAAAGGUGAAGUGGGUUGCAUUGCUUUUCAUACAAAACGUUUCUAUAAUAAUGUUACGCAGUUAGCAAAGACACUUCAUUUUGCCGCCAUUAUUAAGCAGUGUGUCGCAAACAGCAUACAACCUUCCCAAUGAUUAAAAAAAAAAAAAAAAAGGACAAACCGAAAAGCAAAAAGCACAAGUAGAUGAUUGAGUCAGUGUGUUCCAUUGCUAACAACUCAUUUGUCUUGGGGAUGGUUCUUUUAUUCAAAUCAACUGUGGGGAAAAAUGACUAUUUGCUUCAAAUAUGACAAAAGAGACUCAAAAACCUGGUUUCAAACUCCCUGCUGUGUAUUGUGUCUGCUAACAACGUGGUUGAUUGUGAAGAUUGCUAUUGAAUUCCAGCUCCCCUGAAAUCUUUUGAAUUUGUAUAUUAGCAGCUUUAUGGAUUUUUUUUUUUAAUAUGAAUUAUUUGAAUUUGUCAUUUCAUAAACUUCAGCCAUCUUUUACAUUUAGUUUUGGCACAAACCAUGUAAAUAAUGUGGGGGGAAACUAAAGUUGGUAAAAACACAUCGGCGGGUUUUUGUUAAGAUUCCUUUGAAUGUUUAAAUUAUUUGAAGUGGACUUAUUUAAGUGAACGGGUUUGGAAUUUGAUUUCAGAGAACAUUUAUAGUGUUUGUGUCUUUUUAACAUGCACUGAAUAUGUGACAAGCAGGCAAAACUUUGACGCUGACAAUAUUCCUUGGUAUUACAGUCAUUAACAUAACCCAUAUUGUGGGCGAUAACAAAAGUUGACAAAGUUGUUGGCAAUUACCGAGACAUUGUCCUACUUACCGUGAAAGACGUUAGACAAGCAGCAUAAUAAUGGACUAAGAUGGAGACAACUGUUACCAAGGGCAAUGAAACAGUCAGACCAGCUGUCCCCAAUUUGGUGACCAAUUUCCAACAUUAUGCAAAUACGGUCAGUAAGUAAUGUCUUUGUCACGGAGUGAACUCCAGCAUGCAGGAGCAGCCCUGUCGACUUGAGGGGAAACACAAUAACGCUCAGUUACAUUCUCAGCAGUUUAUUUGACAACUCUUUUGCUUUGCCGAUAAACAUAAGCUUGUUAGAGAACAAGACACGGUCACAGAUGCACCGCAACGUGUGUCAUCAUUCAAAUUAAGUCACUUUACAAGUGUAAAAAGAAGUCAGUCACUGUAAAACAUAAAAACAAAACACUUAUAUUCCAAAUGUGUCAGCUGGGAUAGGCUCCAGCAUGCCCCCGCGACCCUAAAGAGGAGAAGCGGUAUAGAAAAUGGAUGGAUGGAUGGAAACUUGAAUAUUUGCUCUUAAUUUUAAUGACAAAUAACGACGGCCUAAAGCAAAGUCUAAUUUUACAAUUUAAUUAAUUUUACAAGUGUAAAAAUAAGUGAACUAAGACCGCAACUGACGAUUUUUUUUUUUAGUCGAUUAAUCUCAAGCUUGUUGUUUGGGUUAACUGAGUAAUCGGUUAGACCCUCGACAAAAAUGUUGAUCAUCAAAGUCAAAGCUGACGUGUGUGAGUAUGUUGUUUUGCCUAAAACACAAAGAUAACACAGUAGGUCUGCUUUCAUGGAUGACUAAGGAAAUUUAAAAAAUUCACAUUUUUAAAUCAAAAAACGAUUAAUUGAAUACCAAAAUAGUUGUCGAUUAACUGGACAAUCGAUUAAUCAUGGAUUAAUUGAUUAAUUGUUGCAGUUCAAAAGCGAACCAUUUUAAAAUGCGUAAAAAUUCUGUUUACGUCACAGAUGCAUGACUCUUUUUAUUUAGUCAUUUUGCAAGUGUAAAAAGAAGUUAACCACCAUAAAAAAGCAACAACAAAACACUCCACACUAGCAAGUGACUAUGCUUGCAUCAGCUUCUUCUUUUUUUUAGGCUUCAAAACAAGUGUCGCAAAAAAGCACAGUUAAUCCUACGAUGCUCACUGAUUCAAAUUCUGAGGCGUGAUUUGUUCCAAAAAUCUGGCUCCGAUUUCAGAGGUCCCACUGCGUAAAUAUUCCAAUGUUAUGGGGUUGCCAAGGCAACAACAGCAGUCAAUUGUUUUAACCAACCAACCAGUCCGAUUACAACAUGUCAUCGCUUUAAUAUGACUGGUUCAAAAAUAAAUCUUCACUGACUAUCAGAGGAAUAGUCCCGUGGAUGUAUUGGCUGUGAUGUUUUUGGAGAUGUGACAGGCUGAAGUGAGUCACAGCUUUGGGCAACAUUCAAUAAAUAAAUACUGCUUUUUCUUUGCCUGUCAA